AUGAGUCAACACCCUGUGAAUCAAGGAGCCACCAACAUAUUCUACAAGACUCGGAUCUGUGACAAGUUUCUAGAAGGAAACUGUGGAAAUGGUGACAGUUGUACUUUUGCUCAUGGCCCUACAGAUUUACGUGAACCCCCACCAAAUUGGCUAGAACUUGUGAAGGAUAAAAGAGGACGGGAUUUGAAUGAUGAGCAAAGAAUCAUAUACCAGAUGAAGAUAUGUCACAAGUUUGCUAAAACGGGUGAAUGCUCUUAUGGAGAAAAAUGUAAUUUUCUCCAUGAAAGUCCCGCAAAAUUCAAGGAUCAAAUUACAGAAAGAACAACUGGGGAUUCUGUAAUCAAGAUUCGGACUAUGGUUGAAUGUGGUCAACCCAAAGGCAGUCAUAUUAUCAAAGUUAGUACUGCUAGCAGUGAUCCUAAUGCUAAGUUUUUGAAAAAUCGAAUUUGUAGCAAAUGGGAAACAACGGGGAUGUGUGCACUUGGAGAUAAAUGUCACUUUGCACAUGGGAUUAAAGGUAUACAUCCAUUUGUCCAUCUGUUUUUAGUUGAUUUAUAUACAUACUAGGUGUAAGACUCAUGUAAUACAUAGGUUUAUUAAAAAAAAUUAAAUAUGAAAUUCUAUACAUUUAAG